CUAAAUAAAUCAUUAGUAAAAAUGGCUGUCUGGGAAGGAAAGAAAUACAAAUUAGAAAAGAGUGAAAACUUCGACGAAUACAUGAAGGAAUUGGGUGUCGGUAUGGUUCUACGCAAAAUGGGUAACAGUAUCAGCCCCACCGUUGAACUGAAGAAGGAUGGUGAUAAUUACUCUUUCACCACUACCUCAACCUUUAAGACAACUACGGUCAACUUCAAGCUGGGCGAGGAAUUCGAUGAAGAGACACUUGAUGGUCGCAAAGUGAAGAGCGUCUUCACUCUGGAUGGCAACAAAUUGGUGCAAGAACAGAAGGGUGACAAACCAUCGACCAUUAUUCGUGAAUUCACUAACUCCGAGCUAGUGAUUACUCUCACCCUCAAAGACCUGAAGUCCGUCAGAGUCUACAAGGCUGUAUAAAUGCGCAGUGCGCUACAUGCGAAGUUCAAAACAACAGUAACAAAAAGCUAAAGUAAUUUAAAAUAAAAAAUGCCACUUCUUGCAAUAAACUAAUGAUUGAAAAACU